GUAGAACGCAGCGCCGGGACCGGCCCGCCAGACGCGAUGAGAGGGCGGCGGUGGGCUGAGGAUGAGUGCAGAUAGCAGCAAGCUGCUGAAGAACCAGUCAGAUUAUGGCACAGUCCAGUACACUGGGACCAAUGUAUCCACAGAGGUGACUGGAUACAAGGAAGUGCAAUGGCGAAAAAUUCUCUACUAUAUUCUUACUGUCCUAACAGUAGGAAUACUAUGGCUUAUUUUUUAUUGGAAACCAGUUCUGGAAGUACUUUUUAAAUGCCAUCCCUGUCAUCUGAGUCAGUCUGAUUGGGUUGUAAUCAAGGAUUCAUUUAACCAGCAGUUCAUAGCUAGAGUCUAUACGGAGGAGGUUGAAGAUGACUGUUUUCCACAAUCAGCUGAAGCUAGUGGAGAUGAUAAUCAAAUUACUAUGGCCAUAGGAUUUGAAGAUGAUUGGAGAGAGACAGUUCAACUAUACAAGCAGGAGGAGAAAAGUGUGAUUCGAUACUACACAUUUGAGGGUUUACGUUACAUUUGGAUCGAUAAAAAGGGAAGAUUCUGCAAGCUCAGUGUUCUUGAUGAAUUGCUGACUUGUGAAGACAUCCAUAAACAACAGAAAGGACUGAGUAGACACUACCAAAAUAAGAAAAGGCAGGUGUAUGGACCAAACGUGAUUGAGGUGCUUGUAAAAUCAUACUUCACAUUGUUAGUAGAAGAGGUUCUGAAUCCUUUCUACAUUUUUCAGAUUUUCAGUAUUGUACUCUGGAUCACUGAGGAAUAUUAUUACUAUGCAGCAUGUAUCCUAUUAAUCUCCGUUAUAUCCAUUAGUAUAUCCCUCUACCAGACGCACAAGCAAAGUGUAACGUUGCGGAAUAUGGUAAAAUUGACUCUUAAUGUACAUGUCCAUAGAGAUACUGGAGAAGAGCAAAUGGUGAAUUCUCAGGAUUUAGUCCCUGGUGACUGUAUUGUGAUCCCUGAAGAUGGAAUUCAGGUUCCUUGUGAUGCAGCACUUCUAACUGGAGAGUGUAUGGUCAAUGAGAGCAUGCUUACAGGUGAGAGUGUACCUGUGAUGAAGACUCCUCUACCUGUUCAAGAUGUGGCCUAUUCUUCUGAAGAACACAAGCGGCACACACUUUUCUGUGGAACUCAGGUUGUACAGUCAAAGAGCUACAGCACAGAUCAGCAAGUUUUGGCUGUGGUAGUGAGAACAGGCUUUUGCACAAGUAAAGGAGAACUGAUCAGUUCUAUUCUGUAUCCUAAACCUCUGGGGUUUAAAUUCUACAAAGAUGCGAUGAAGUUCAUCAUCUUUCUUGGAAUACUUGCUUUGAUUGGGGACAUAUACAGCAUUGUGAUUCUAGAAAAACAGAAGGUGUCAGUGGGCCGGCUGUUGACCCGUAUCCUUGAUUUGAUCACGAUCAUUAUUCCACCUGCUCUCCCUGCUGCCAUGACUGUUGGGACAAUCUAUGCUCAAGACAGACUGAAAAAAUAUGGGAUAUUCUGUAUUAGUCCCCCACGCAUUAACAUCUGUGGCAAACUGAAACUCAUCUGCUUUGAUAAGACAGGGACACUUACAGAGGAAGGCCUGGACUUUUGGGGAGUUGUAUUGGCGGCAGGCAAGAACUUCGAUCGGAUUAUUCAUGACACUCAGCACCUGGAUAACAGUCAAAUGCUGCAUGCACUGGCCACCUGUCAUAGCGUCACACUGCUAAAUAGUCAACCAAUUGGUGACCCACUUGACCUGAAGAUGAUUGAGUCAACUGGUUGGAUUCUGAAUGAUGAGACUGCGGACUUGGAUGUGAACAGAACAUUUGGAAUGAAAGUUCUGGCUGUCAUGAAGCCUCCACAGCUGGAAGAACAGCCAUUUGGAAGCAAACAAGAAACAAUGUUGGGGAUUCUUCGUCGUUUUCCAUUUUCUUCGACAUUACAAAGAAUGAGUGUGAUCACAAAGAAACUAGACAAUUCGCCACUUGAGGUGUACAUGAAAGGGGCACCUGAAAUGGUUGCCAGCCUUUGUGUAAAGGAAACAGUUCCUGCUGAUUUCUCUGAAGUAUUAAGAUACUAUGCCAAUGAUGGGUAUAGGGUUCUGGGACUUGCAUUCAAAGCACUAAGUCAUGAUAUUACCUUUGAGGAAGUACACACAUUGGAGAGGAAUUCCGUGGAGAGUGAGAUGACAUUCCUGGGAUUCCUGAUCAUGAGGAACAUUUUGAAACCAGAAACAAAGCCUGUCAUUGACAACCUGGUUAGAGCUAAUUUUCGGACUGUAAUGGUGACAGGAGAUAACAUGCUGACAGCGCUGAAUGUUGCCAGGAAUUGUGGAAUGGUGGGUUUGUCAGACAAAGUCAUCUUUGCUAAUGCCUCCCCACCCUCACUUGGUAAAUCUGCUUGCGUGAAGUUCCAGCCGUCAGACCAAGAACUGGACCUGAAUGUGACUCAGCUGCAGCAAGAAAUGGGGAACCACUCUUUGGAACAGUCUUAUUAUCACUUUGCAAUAAAUGGAAAAUCUUUUGCAGUGAUUUAUGAUUAUUUCCCAGAUCUGCUACAAAAGAUCCUGCUACGGGGCACAGUUUAUGCUCGAAUGGCUCCUAAUCAAAAGACACAACUGGUGGAGAGCUUUCAGAAAUUGGAGUACACUGUGGGAAUGUGUGGAGAUGGAGCGAAUGACUGUGGGGCUUUAAAAGCUGCAGAUGCAGGAAUCUCUCUCUCUGAGACUGAGGCUUCAGUAGCAUCGCCCUUCACCUCAAAGAUAGACAACAUUAAGUGUGUACCAAUGGUAAUUCGGGAAGGUCGAGCCUCUCUUAUCACAUCCUUUGGAGUUUUCAAAUACAUGGCCAUGUACAGCAUGAUUCAGUUUGUCUCGGUGCUAAUAUUGUACACAAUAAACUCAAACUUGGGAGACUGGCAGUAUCUGUACUUUGACCUGGUUAUUACUACAACUGUGGCCAUACUCAUGGGUCGAACGGGGCCUGCAAAAGAGCUUGUGGCGCAGCGGCCUGUGGGGAGUCUUAUCAACAUUACAAUCCUGGGCAGUCUGCUUCUACAAACCAUACUGGUUAUAUUGAUUCAGAUCCUCACUUACACAAUCACUACUAAUCAGAACUGGUUUGUUCCUGCAAACACCAGUUCCUCUGUCAACAGACUACCAAACUAUGAAAACACUGCUUUAUUCUGUGUGUCUGGAUUCCAGUAUCUCAUCCUGGCAACAGUACUUUCCAAGGGUCAACCUUUUCGCAAGCCGCUGUAUUCGAAUGUACUGUUCCUGAUUGCAUUGGUUGUGCUCUACACAAUGAUGAUAUUUUUGACAGUUUACCCACUUCAGUUCAUCCGAAAAAUUCUGCAACUGAUGUUCAUCAGUGAUAUAAAAUUUAAAUUGUUGUUGCUGGGGUUAGCGGCAUUGCAGUUCUUUAUCUCCUUUCUGUUUGAGAUGGCUAUAGAUAAUGGAUUUCUUAACAUGUGCAAAAGGCCAUUGUGCAAGAAGAAAUCAUCCAAAAAGUUGUAUAAAAAACUUGAGAAAGAACUAUGCUACAAUUUAGCAUGGCCUCCUCUUAAUGAAAUUAUAUAUGCUGAACCAAGGAAUAUCAUCGAUCUCGAAUGACACCUGCAUGGAAAUGGGCAACGAGAUAAAGGCCAGUUUUUAAACCAAAAAUAUACUACCUGAAAUCCACCAGGGAUGCUAAGAACCUUGUAUGUGCAUCCAAUGAUGCAAGAAUAUGCAGCUGGAUAUAAAUCUUCACCACAAACUCCCCACCCCCCAAAAAAAAACUUGGGGACAAUAUUUGUAAAGUUAUAAGCAGAUUAGAAUUUGCCCUUUGACCAUUACCAUGUCUCCUUUUGCAUAAGAAUAAGGUAUACUCUGCCAACUCAUACAUACGAGUUUCUUGUCAAUGAAAUCAAAUGUUCUGUUAUUGAAGAAAAUCAUUCUUGGUUUCCUGGUUGGAGGAAAUCCUUAAUGUUUUCUCUAGUAACGUGUUGUUAUUUAUUGAACACAAAGAUUUUUUAAUUGAAGCCUGGUAGAGAACUUUAACUUGGGAUCAAUGUAUGUGCGUAUAUGUAGAUGGGCAGAUGAGAGAGAGGGGAGAAGCAAUGAACACUUUUAUUGUCCUUUGAAAACUUGCAAAGCUAUAUUGAUGAAUCUAAGCCUAGGUCCAUUUAGGAUUUCAUCAAUUUAUCUUUGCCUGUUUUAAGAUUUAUUAAGAUAAUUCCUUUUACCCAUAACUGUUUUGGCACUUUAUUUCCAUGGGUGCUGGUAGCCCUUGUGCUGAUCAGUUACCAUUUAAAUCAGGCUGUUUAUGGAUCCACGGAAGAAAGCAGACUGGAUCACGUUUUAACCUGGCUUUUGUCUACUUAAUCCGUUAUCCACUUGUGCACUUUUAAGUGAAUUGGAACAAUGUGUAAUAUUUUUCCCCUUAUAGCCCAGUUUACUAAGGCCAAUUAUGUUAACCACCAUUGCCAGAGAUUGAACCUGGGACCGGCUGAUAUUUGGUUCCUGAUCUCUGAGGAUGAAUGAUGCCUUCUGCAAAAGGCAGUGUGCUUUUUGCUUAGAGAAAGUGUAUAGUGCUGAAAACAGCCUUAAGCUGUGCUUAUGAUUGCUGCAAAUUGGUCCAAAUAAAGCUGAAACUUAUUUUAUGUUUCAAUUUGCCAAGAUCUGAGCACUUGCCAUAAUUCAUUUUUCAGUCAUUAUCCAUGAAUUUAAAAAUUCCUUUUCCAUGAAAUUGAUCAUGAUUGCUGGAAGUUGCAAUUCUUCCUUUGAUUUCUACCUUCCCUCACCAGUGUAUUGAUAAGAGAAUUGACUAUUUGCUUAAAAUUGAAUCGGUUAAUUCCAAAUCUGGACACAAGAUUCUUCAUAUACUGGAAAGCUUGAGAAAUAUACAGUGCUGGAGAAAUUCAGCAAGUCAACAGUUUCAGUGGUGGGGAAUAAACAGUCAACAUUUCAGUCUUGAUAAAGAGUCGCAGCCCACAAUGACAACUGUUUAUUUCUAGCUGCUACCUGACUUGCUGAGCUCCUUCAGCCUUGUGUUGUUUCAAAUCUGGUGUGUGUGAAUUUGUCCUUUUUAAUGCAGCCCAGUUAGGACCGGAUGGUGUGUGCAAAUGUCUGAUUUUAAGACAUACUUUUUUGAGAACAGUUUUUAUCUACUUUCUUCAUAUUUUAUCUAGGCUAAUUUGUGUAGAAUAUUUUUAAAUUGUACAAUCUAAUUUUGUAUUGUUUUUAUAACAUGGACAUUAUGUACAGUUUACAGAACAAGUGCUGUUACAUUUUACUGUGCCACUUUUACAAAAUGUCAUGGAAAUGUUUGACUGUAGAGCAUAUAAAGAUUUUAUUUCUGUG